AUGCGAUUAUAUAAUUACAAACAUGCCAAAUGGGCGAUUGCAAUUUUGCACCUCCUUUCAUUCCGCCGCUCUAAUCCCCAAACAGAGGUGAGCCAUUGUGAUAUCUCAGGCGACUUUGCUGCCUUUACCAUCUGUUUUAUUAUGUCGGACGAAGAGCCUGUAGAUCCAAAGCAGGAACUUGAAGCGAGAUGCAAGGCACCAUGUACGCGACCACUUAAAGAAUAUCAGGCAUGUUCUAAAAGGAUCCAAGGUGAUGAAAGUGGGCACAAGCACUGUACUGGACAGUACUUCGAUUAUUGGCAAUGCGUUGACAAAUGUGUUGCAACAAAGCUAUUUACUUAUCUUAAAUAA